CUUAAUGGUAACAUCAGCUGCCGCCCAGGUUCAGCACAGCCGAUCCAGUCAGUCUGACAGGACGAGCAACCGGUGAGACUUCAGCAGCGAGGACCAAACCGCCGAAACUUCAUUGAAAGAACACCAUGAAGCGACUUUUCCUCACCCUCAUCAGCUUUGCUGCCAUCAGUUGUAUUUCCACUGCCGUGAUUACUGGGGCUUGUGACAAAGACCAACAAUGUGGAGGAGGCAUGUGCUGUGCUGUCACUCUGUGGCUUAGGAGUCUACGAAUAUGCACACCAAUGGGCAAUGAAGGGGACGAAUGCCAUCCUCUGAGUCACAAAGUACCAUAUAUUGGAAAACGAAUGCACCACACCUGCCCUUGUUUGCCAAAUCUCACUUGUGUGAGGUUUGAAGAUGGCUACUACAGAUGUUUACCACAGUUCAAAAUUGAAAAUGUCUUCUUUUAGCAAAUAUAAACAUCACUGUCAUCUUCAUUUUGUGAAAUUGUAGUCAGGCUGAUUGUUUAAAUUUAAGUAAAGACAUGUUGUGCUGGAGUAUUUUACCCAUUUGUCCAUCACCUUUUGGAGUGUGUCUAAAUGUACUUGCUGUUACAAAUUUCUGUUCAUAACAGAAGGAACUUUUCCUUUGUUUCUCAUAUAAAGCAAACAUUAAUACAAAAUAAACAUUCUUUGGGAUUCUCUGGGAAGGAGGGCAUCAAUAAUAGAGUGCUAUGGAUCAUGCAAAACAGCCGCACUCCCAGGUCAACAUUGUGAGUGUGCCAUUUCACAAAGGCAUUUCAACUGCUUUCAUUUUCAUCACCCAUAGGUACUAGUAGACAAGUUGUCAAGCUUUUCCACUUCAAAGAGUAUUGUUAAGGAACUAAUUUGCAAGCAGUGUAAUCUUUUACAUCUUUUCCAGUGAUUUGAAAUCAAAAUAUCCACAGGUGGAAAACUGGACCUUCUUAUUAAAAACACUUAUUUUGAUAAUUCACUCAUUUAUUAAUAAAACUAGAUGAAGUUAAAAC